AUGGGCGAUGGGUGGCUGCCUCCGGACUGCGGCCCCCAGAACCGCUCCGUGGCCGGGGUGACGGCCGUGCCGCCCGGGAGCAGACAGCUGCCCGCCGCCGAGCUGUCGCAGCAGUGGGCUGUGGGCAUGAGCCUGCUGAUGGCCCUGGUGGUGCUGCUCAUCGUGGCCGGGAACGUGCUGGUGAUCGCGGCCAUCGGGAGGACGCAGCGGCUGCAGACCCUCACCAACCUGUUUAUCACCUCGCUGGCCUGCGCCGACCUGGUGAUGGGGCUGCUGGUGGUGCCCUUCGGGGCCACGCUGGUGGUGCGGGGCACCUGGCUUUGGGGGUCGUUCCUGUGCGAGUGCUGGACCUCGCUGGACGUGCUCUGCGUGACGGCCAGCAUCGAGACCCUGUGCGUCAUCGCCAUCGACCGCUACCUGGCCAUCACCUCGCCUUUCCGCUACCAGAGCCUCAUGACCAAGGGUCGGGCCAAGGGCAUCAUCUGCACCGUCUGGGCCAUCUCUGCCCUGGUCUCCUUCUUGCCCAUCAUGAUGCACUGGUGGCGGGAUGACGACCCUCAGGCGCUGGAGUGCUACCAGGAUCCGGGCUGCUGCGACUUCGUCACCAACAGGGCUUACGCCAUCGCCUCGUCCAUCAUUUCUUUCUACAUCCCCCUUCUCAUCAUGAUCUUUGUGUACCUGCGGGUGUACAGAGAGGCCAAGGAGCAGAUGAGGAAGAUCGAUAGGUGCGAGGGCCGGUUCUACGGCAGCCAGGAGCAGCCGCAGACGCCCCUGCCCGCUCACCCUCACCACCAGCCCAUCCUCGGCAACGGCCGGGCCAGCAAGCGAAAGACCUCCCGCAUCAUGGCCAUGAAGGAGCAGAAAGCCCUCAAGACUUUGGGCAUCAUCAUGGGGGUGUUCACCCUCUGCUGGCUCCCCUUCUUCCUGGUGAACAUCGUCAACGUCUUCAACAGGGACCUGGUGCCGGACUGGCUCUUCGUUUUCUUCAACUGGCUGGGCUACGCCAACUCCGCGUUCAACCCCAUCAUCUACUGCCGCAGCCCCGACUUUCGGAAGGCCUUCAAGAGGCUGCUGUGCUGCCGCCGGAAAGCCGACCGGUGGCUGCAGGGCGGCGGCGGGGAGCUGGCCCGGCUGCCCGGGGGCUUCAUCAGCACCGUGGGCUCCCCGGAGCGCAGCCUGGCCGGGACCUGGUCCGACUGCAACGGGGGCACUCGGGGCGGCAGCGAGUCCAGCCUGGAGGAGAGACAUAGCAAAGCCUCCGACUCGGAGUCCAAGGUAUAG